CGGGGACCAACAAAAGCGGAUGGAUGCGGUGAGGAGAGGGAAGUCGUCCGAAAUCUGGCUACAUGUGACGUCACGAGAUUUCCUUAGAACAAGCGGCAGCUGCUGAAGCUAGUGUGGCGGAGCCGGGGUGACUGUCGCCGCAAUUUCUGUCUACAAAGUAUUAUUUUCGAGUAUUGUAAUUGGCCGCAGCAUCAGCAGCAAUGGAUACAUCACGGUCCUUCUUCUAUUUUUAUCACUGUGACUGACUGUUCUUUCCAAAUAUUUUGCUGCGUUGGAAGCACACAAGAGCUCGAAGGGGGGUUAAAGGCUUGUAAUCAUUAUUCGACAGCCAGGCUGAAUCACCGCUGGAGUGCCUUGAGAGAGAGCGAAGGAAGACGUGGAGAAAAAGAGUGAAAGAGAGGCAGAGUGAGAGAGAGAGACAGUUAGGGGAGUAAAGACAGAGAGUGAGAGGAAAACUUGAGUGGAAAGGAGGUAGACCAAGGAGAGUGAGGUAGCGAGAAGAAAGGAGAUAAGAAAGAAAGAGCCAAGAGAGUUGGGAGUAAGGGAAAAAGACAGAGAGAGAGAGAACACACAGACAGGCAGAGUGAGGAGAGGAGAGUGGGUGUGUGUCUGUGAGGAAGAGAAAGAGACAGCAAGGUCAGGACUGCUGACCCCCCCACACCCCUGGGUCUGAGUACUGGGCUGACGGUCAAGGCGGAGCCACUAUGAGCGACCAAAACGUUGUCAAGGAAGGCUGGGUUCAGAAGAGAGGUGAGUACAUAAAGAACUGGAGGCCGCGCUACUUCUUGCUGAAGACCGAUGGAUCCUUCAUCGGCUACAAAGACAAACCCCAGGACGCAGACCUGGCCUAUCCCCUCAAUAACUUCUCUGUAGCAAAAUGUCAGCUGAUGAAGACCGAGCGGCCCAAGCCCAACACAUUCAUCAUCCGCUGUUUGCAGUGGACCACGGUUAUUGAGAGGACAUUCCACGUGGACACGCCCGAUGAGAGGGAUGAGUGGGCCGAGGCCAUCCAGAUGGUGGCCGACUCCCUGGCCAAGCAGGAGGAGGAGGGGAUCCUGUGCAGCCCCACGUCGCAGAUCGAGAACGAGGUCAACGAGGAAGAGAUGGACACCUCCACCAGCCAACACAAACGGAAGACAAUGAAUGACUUUGACUAUCUGAAACUACUGGGCAAAGGCACUUUUGGGAAAGUCAUUCUGGUGAAGGAGAAGGCGAGCGGAACAUAUUACGCCAUGAAGAUCCUGAAGAAAGAAGUCAUCAUCGCCAAGGACGAAGUUGCUCACACUCUCACAGAAAGCAGAGUGUUAAAAAACACCAGGCAUCCAUUCCUAACCUCUCUGAAGUACUCCUUUCAGACGAAGGAUCGUUUGUGCUUCGUCAUGGAGUAUGUGAACGGAGGAGAGCUAUUUUUCCAUUUGUCAAGAGAGCGAGUGUUCUCCGAGGACCGCACACGCUUCUACGGAGCUGAGAUCGUCUCCGCUUUAGACUACCUUCACUCUGCCAAGAUAGUGUACCGCGAUCUGAAGCUGGAGAACUUGAUGCUGGAUAAAGAUGGGCAUGUCAAGAUCACGGACUUCGGCCUCUGCAAAGAGGGCAUCACCGAUGCGGCCACCAUGAAGACCUUCUGUGGCACGCCGGAGUACCUGGCUCCAGAGGUGCUGGAGGACAAUGACUACGGCCGGGCGGUGGACUGGUGGGGUCUGGGCGUGGUCAUGUACGAGAUGAUGUGCGGCCGGCUGCCCUUCUACAACCAGGACCACGAGAAGCUGUUUGAGCUGAUCCUCAUGGAGGAGAUCAAGUUCCCGCGCACGCUCUCCUCUGACUCCAAGUCCCUGCUCUCUGGCCUGCUCAUCAAGGACCCCAACAAACGACUCGGCGGCGGUCCAGACGACGCGAAGGAGAUCAUGCGCCACAGUUUCUUUGUGGCGGUAGACUGGCAAGACGUCUACGACAAAAAGUUGGUCCCGCCCUUCAUGCCCCAGGUCUCCUCAGAGACGGAUACCCGGUAUUUCGAUGAGGAGUUCACGGCACAGACGAUCACCAUCACUCCCCCGGAAAAAUACGAUGAAGACGGGAUGGGCGAGGGUGACAGCGAACGGAGGCCUCAUUUCCCACAAUUCUCGUAUUCGGCCAGCGGACGGGAGUGAAGGUCAUUGCCAGCCAGCCAGUAUCGCCCCCCGCCGCGCGGCCGUUUCGAGGAAAACACGUAGCCAUUUUAGGAAGUCUCCCCUCUUUUCUCCUUCUCUGUAUUCGAGUGCAGACUGGGAGAAGUCGUCUUUUUAGGGACUAUAAAAGGAGUUUUGCACAGUGGGAUAGACUCAAGCUGGUCUCCCCACACAAAAAAAGUAUCUUACAUUUUCAACGCUAUAUACUGCAGAAGGCAAUGUUUUUGUUAUUUAUUUUUAUCCGUCAGUAUUAGGUUGUCGACCUGUUACGUUCUUUGUCAUUUAAUUUUUUUUGGGUGAACUUUUUUGCACUUGGUUUGGAAGAGCCGUUCUAGGGAACAAAACCAAAAAUGUUGCCUUACGUGUGCAGAUGUUUCGUAUCAUACAGACAGGGUUUGGGUCGGGGGGCUCGUGGUUCAUUCAAACAAUUAUUAUUUUUCGCAUGUACAAUGCAUAUACAAUGCCAUGGCGGCGCACAUUCCCCAAUCCCAUGGCAACGAGAAUCACUGUCUACUAAAAACAACAAAAAAGACAGAACUGACGGAGUUUCUUUCAUUCCAAUUUCAUUUCUUUAUCCUUUUUUACCUUUUCAUUUUCAGCCAGAGAUUUCUACUAUUGUUUGACAGAAACACUAAACUGCCAGAUACUGCACGGUUCACUCAGGCAACACAGAGCACAACCGCAUUCAACUCAGCUACCAGUUUAGCUUUACACACCCAUCAGGGAAAAGCUACUAUGAAUAUACAAGCCUUUUUUGCAUCUUUUUCCACAGUCAUUUGAUUAUUAACUUAUUUUCAUAGCUAUAGAAAAAAUAGUGGUAUGGAUGUUUACACAAGGAAUGUGGCUUAUACAGGUCCACCUUAUGCUGUCAUAACACACACACACACAUGCUCACACACACACUCUCUAACAUCAGAGCCAGCUCUGCGGUCUGCUGAUAUGGGUUGUGACAGACUAUGAAAUCUGUAUCUGUAAAAAAUAAAUAAAUAAAAAUCUCCCCAUCAAUCACAAAGCGACAAGGUGGGCGGAAGGCAUCAAUAAUCACUAACCAUGUUGGGUCACAGAUCACCUGAAACUGAGCCAUGAAUAUACUAUGAUGAUAGGAUGAGGACUGUGAGAGAAAAGAAGGAAAGCAGUUCCCCCACCCUUUGUGAUGUAAAUAUGCAAUGCCUUUUUUUGUUAUUAGUGGCAUCUUGGCCAGACAUGAACUUUUGUGUGUGACUGUACUUCAAGGUUGCUGAAGAGAACCAAGACCAGAGGAAAAGAAAGACUGAGAACUACGUUUUGGGUUAAAACAACGUAAACUACAAUGUUAAAGACUGACUGGACGCUCCCAUUUUGUGGCUGAUGUCAUCGUCGUCUCGACCUGUCUGUCCAGAAAAUAUUUCCAUGGAGACGAGACCCUUUUUCGCUGUUGGUCGAAUGGAUUGACACCCACUGUAAUGUUUUCUUUUUCCCUUUCAAGUGGGACCAUGGUCAAUUCUGCAGUGAUAUAUGGUUACAUCAGGUUGUUACCGUUCCCCUCCUUUAUUUUGUACCAUAGUACUAGUUUUAUUUAUAUGUUUGUGUCUUUCUAGGCAGUGUUACCCAGUCUUGUUCAGAGUAAAAAAGGCACCUCUCUUUAAGUCGCUGAAGGAUGAUAUUGUUGGAUGCAUUACAGAAGUCUGUUUUUUAUCCAAUAGUUUUUUUGAUUGUUUGCUUGUUUGUUUUCUUACCAAAACAUUAGGGCAAGAACCCAAUAGUGGACUUGCAUUGCCGUGGUAGUAUUUAUUUUGAAUUAAAUUAAAGAAUACAUUUCAGGGUU